AUGACCAUGGCGCUCGACGACGACACCUCCCUUCCCGUCGAGAACGCAGAGCGGGCACGCCAGCGGGAAAUCGCAGCGUAUCUCUCGGCGGCUUCCUAUCCGGCAGGCGUACCAACCGGUCCCCCAGAAACCCCGUUCAUCAAUGCAGACCCUGCUCUCAACGCCCUUGUCCAGUCGGGCACAUCCCGGCUCGACUGUGACAGAUCCUUCCUCUCCCUCAUCGACCGCGAAAACCACUUUCUCGCCGCUGAAAUGACGAGGUCGCACUCUAUCAUCAAGAAUCAAUCUGCCGAAAAUGACCACAUAUUUCUCGGCGUCUCCAAACUGGAGACCCGCUGGGGCGUCUGCCCGACGGCCAUGCUCGCCUUUAUGGACGAGACGGGCGAGUGGGCGCAGACGGGCCCCAACAUCAUUGCCAACAGGACGCGGUUCAUCGUGAACGACUUUCGAGUUGAUCCCCAUUUCGUCGAGAGACCUUAUGUCUGUGGUUACCCAUACAUGGUGUCCUAUCUCGAGGUGCCCCUCGUGUCGCCCCUGGGCUACCUGCUCGGCAGCUACUGCGUCGUCGACAACAAGCCUCGCCACUUCAACGACGAGCCCACCAUUGCCAUCAUGAACGAAAUCGCCUCGGGCAUCAUGUCGUAUCUCGAGUUGAAAAAGACGGAACAGAUGCGCCACCGCGCCGAGCAGCUCAUCGGCAGCCUGAGUGCCUUUGUCGGCUGCAAACCUGACCCGACACCGCACCCCCCUAAGUUCUCGCCCCAGUCAAAACACCCUUCCUUCGACUCGGUGGAGACCGAUCAGACGGACACGUUCUCCGCAAUGAACUUGUCUUCGGCAUCGCCGGCGUCCUCGUUCGCGACCCCCGACGCAUCAUUCCUGUCCUCGGUGCCCUCGUCGGGUAUACCGUUGACGGCACCACCGGACGGCCCAGGCGAGACCCUGCUCGAUCAAAAGGUCAACGAUGCGAAGGACAGAAAAGCUGCAGGUCAACAUCUGCCCUCCUCGGUCAGUGACGUGCUUGAAUCACGCGACGUCGGCUUCAGCGGCUCCGCGAACUUGCGUUCCACGUUUUUCCGCGCUGCGUCCAUGAUGCGACAGGCUAUGAACAUGGACGGCUUCAUGUUUCUGGAUGCCGCCCCCAGCGUGUACGUAGACACCUCAGACCCUUUGGGUUGCGAUCGCAACAGCAACAACCAUGGGCCUCACAGUGAGGCGGAAGGGCCAUAUUGCGCUGUCGUGGCUCAGGCGACUGUCGAUCAGCGAGAAGACAAAUCGCUGCAGCCGCCUCCACCUGGUCUUCCAGAGGCGACCCUCCAGAGGCUCAUCAGGAGACAUCCACGCGGCCAUGUCUUCUCGGCAGACGAGUUCGGACCCAUUGACGAGCACUAUGGACCUGGCAAGCCAUGCCCAUCCGGCCGCAGGGCGAGCGCAGACAGCAUUGGCCUCACAGACGACGUGUCCAGGCUCUUUAGCGCUCUUCCUGCGGCAAAGUACAUCAUCUUCCUCCCGCUGUGGCACUUUCAGCGCGAGUGCUGGUACGCCGCCGCACUCGGCUGGGUUGCAGAUCCGACGCGCGCCAUCGAGGUUGCCGACAUCAGUCUUGUGUCUGCCUUUGGCAAUUCCGUCAUGGCCGAGGUGUCACGCUGGGAGGCCCUGGCUGCGAGCCGCGCCAAGUCCAAUUUUGUCUCAUCCAUCAGUCAUGAACUGCGAAGUCCCUUACACGGCGUCUUGGCCAGCAGCGAACUGCUCCGUGAGGGCAUCUCGGACCCUUCGCUCAAGCCGGCCCUGGACAUGCUCGAUUCCUGCGGCAACACGCUGCUGGACACCUUCAACCACCUGCUCAACCACGCCAUCGCCAUCAACGCCGGCAAGAAUCCCCAAACCCCUGCGGCCGAGCUGCGAAUCGCCGACCUCGGGGAAACUAUCGAGGAUGUUGUUGAGGCUGUCCACGUGAGCCACGGAUAUGAGAAUGCCUUCAGUCCAUCAGCUCACUCGAAGGACGACCAUUCUGCCGAUAGUCCCAAGGCGCAGGAGAGCUCUCAAGCGCGCCCACUGCUCGUCUCACUGAACAUUCAAGAGAAGACCGCCUGGAAGAUGCGCACCGAUGUCGGGGCCUGGAAACGUAUCAUCAUGAACGUCUUCGGAAACGCCAUGAAAUAUACACCUGCUGGCCACAUUGAGGUGAGCCUCCGGAAGACGCGAAAGCCAGACAGCCACGGCAGGCUGCGCGAUUAUAUCACCUUUUCCGUCGAAGACACUGGCCUCGGCAUCAGUUCCGAUUACCUCAAGUAUCAGCUCUUCACGCCUUUCUCACAGGAAAACACCCACGCCGCCGGCAUGGGGUUAGGACUGAGCAUCGUGCAGCAGCUGGCUAGAGGACUUGGGGGUGCCGUCAACGUCAAGAGCUCCGUAGGGGUGGGGACCCUGGUGGAAGUCCUUGUUCCUCUCCAGGAGGACGACGAAUCCACUCCGGUAUCUUUACUCGCAACACACGACGUCCAAGCCCUACACGGCAACAACAAAUACCAUCAGCUUGCUGGGCAGACAAUCUGUCUCAUCACACCAGAAUCGUUUGCAUCCGUGCUGCAUUCGACUUCUGGGAUCACCGCCGAGACGCAAAAUCGAUCGGCUGCUGUCGAACGAGCCCUUCGAAGUAGCGCCGGCGGCAACUUGGGAAUGAAUGUUAUUCUUGCGACGGCUGAUCACCCGGUCCCCGAUGCAGACGUGUACUUUUUGGACGAUGACACGACGGGCGCGCCCAGUAGCCUUUCUGCGUUCGUAUCAGCGACAAAUUCCAAGGCUACUCCUUUGACCCUUCUUUGCCCGGGAGCGGGGUCGACCUCGUGCCCGAAGACAUAUGUUGGGAAGAAGCAGAGCUGCGCCCAUUUGCACCUCCCACUAGGCCCGAGAAAGCUGGCAUCAGCGAUUCAAGCGGCGCUCACAGUAGCUCCCAAAAGCCUCAUAUCGGAGUGCACUUCUGCGCCGUCAUUACCAGAAGCCAUCCCAAGCGCUUCUGAGCUGCACGCUCCUCCCCUUUCUGCUGAAGAGACCCAGCCCCUCCCGAAAGACAUUGCUAUCCUGCAGGCGGCCGACCAGCACGAUGCGCCCCCCGCAAAUGGCACCACACUCGAUGCAGCAAGUCCAGUGACCAGUGGAACGAAGCAAAAGUCGCUACACCUACUUCUCGUCGACGACAACCCCAUCAACAUUAAGCUCCUCACAACAGUCAUACGCAAAAUGAACCACACCUUUGCGACGGCCAGCAACGGGCUCGAGGCUGUGGAGCUAUACGAAAAGUCACUGGGCGAAGGACGGUUGUUUGACCUCGUCUUCAUGGAUAUAUCCAUGCCCGUCAUGAACGGCUUUGAGGCGACGAGGGAGAUACGCCGCCUCGAGGGCAGGGCCGGUGCGAUAAGGUGCAAAAUUGUCGUACUCACGGGAUUGAGCAGCGCGUCAGAUCGCAAGGAAGCUGUUGCGAGCGGCUCGGAUAUGUUUUUGACGAAGCCGGUCAAGCUGGGCAAGGUGCGAGAGGUGCUGGAUCAGGAGCUUGAGGGAGUCCGCCUGGCCCCGGAAGCUCUUGGCCCUGUUUUGACGGGACUGACACUGUAA